AUGGAGGUUAAAACCCCUGCAAUGAAACGCCACUUUGAUAUCACCAUGUCAAGAAGAACAAGGAAGCAAUCAAUUCCAAUGCAGGCCAAUGAGAAACCUAUAUCAGUUUGUGACACAACAAAAAACGUGUCACAAGAAACUAAUCUUCCUGAGAUGAAAGAAGAUGGGAAUGACCACAAAAGCUUGAAGCAGCUAAUCAUAGGAGAUGAGAAUGAUGCAAUGAAAUGUAGUGAUGAAGGAAGCAAAGGAAGGAAAGAACUUGGUGAACAUUUCACUGAGGAAGAGAAGCAUCUUCAGCUGGUUAGGAUGCAACAGAAAGAAAACCUCCAAGGUUUGAAGUUCAAGAAGUUGGUGCGUCGUUAUGCCAAAGUUUUGGGGCAUUUGAUGAAGGCUAAGCGUGAUCCUCAUUUGGGUGAAGCUGGGAAAAAACCUGUUUUGAAGUUAUCAACCUAGGAAAAAUUUUAAGUUUUUCCAUUUGAUGAUUUGGGUUGAUCUAUUUUCUUUAUAUAUAUGCUUAUAUUAUGGCCAGCAAAAUACCUUAACUUUUCCUCAUUUUCUUAUCAUUCAUG